GCUAUUCUGUCGGGUUUUUCACAAAUUAAUCGUCCAGAUUAAGAAGCCUUAGUAAUUGUCUCCCAAUGCUAACGCAAACUUAACUUUUUAUCAUGCAUUAGCAUGAACGAAGCAUAUUGGUAGUAUGCUUAUGUUUCAUAUAUCUAGUUCCAUGAAACCUACCAAAAAAUAGUAUUUUAUAGAAAACAACCUAAAGUAAUUGCCGAAACUGGACCAAAUUUCCAGGUACUCUCGACAGUGACCUUUUAAAAUAUCGACAUCAUCCACCUGUUCUUUUUCUUACUAUAUAUAGACAUCACAAAGAUCGUCAGUGUCAACACUGGAUCGUGUUUCUGCAUAUUCAUCAUCAUCAAGAGAAAACUAACAUCAAAGGUAAUGAAGGGUAGUUCUACCCUCGUUUUGCUAUGUGUAGUAACUGUCGCAACCAUAACGAAGACCACCACAGGAAUUGACAUCCAUGGAGGACUUUUCAUCUUUGGAGAUUCUUUACUGGAUGUUGGAACCAAUAACCACUUCGAUGAUAGCUCAGCGAGGGCUGAUCACCCUCACUAUGGCAUCGAUUAUCCUGAUUCCGUCUCAACAGGGAGAUUUAGCAAUGGCCUCAACAGUGCCGACUUACUUGCUUCGUACAUGAAAGGUUAUGAUUUUAGUCCGCCACCUUUUCUCACUCUCGUUGAGAGUCCGGACACUUUCCUGUUACAGAUAAUCCGUGGCGCAAACUUUGCUUCAGGAGGAUCUGGUAUUCUACGCGACACUGGACGUGAAAAAUUCAGAAGGGUUGUGCCUCUAUGGGAUCAAAUUCAACAAUUUGCGACAGUUCGUGGGAAUAUGUCAGAUGUAUUAGGUAAUGGGACAGCUGAUUUUUUCAUAGGGAUGUCCCAUUGCAUCAUUAGCGUCGGAAGCAAUGACUUUUUCGAGAAACAAAACUCUCUAUUUCGGAAUGAGACACAACCACAGCAACUCAUCGCCAAUCUCACCGCAACCUAUGCCAUACAUUUACAGGUAAUGUUUGGAAUGAGAUAG